AUGAGGUUUUCAUUCACGAAAUUUCAGUUAUUGUUUCUGACGCCACGACUCCAAAACGUUCUUCUCGCAAAGAUCGUUGCCGUAGUCGUGUGUCGCGCUUCUUCAACACCACCAAAAAAGUUUUCUCUAUUUGCUGGUCAACACCCGAUGAUUCCUGGCGCACCAAAACCGCGUCGCGCGACAAUGGCAUAUUCGAGAUUGCUCCCUCUCUGUGAUCGGAUUCCAUUUUCUUCAAGAGUUUCCAUUCGCACAGAGUUCGUCAUAAUGAACAUUCCAAGAACCUUCCGUUCAAACCCGAUACCAGCCAUAUUUGGAAAGUAUUGCUACCACAUCACGGACGUUUUCAUUGAGAUACUUCGACACCUCAUUUUCAUCAGAGGUCUCUUCCAGCUUAUGAUGAAACGACUAGGAAAGCUCUUCGUGACUAUGAAGGAAAUCAUGAACUAG